GGAGGCAUUAAAGCAGGUAUUGCACAGGAAUGGAAACUCGCAUGGAAUUCAUCAUCCAUGAGAUAUUGAAGCUCAGCGCAUGGUGACAAUAUAGCCAAGGGUAUAAGCAGUGAGAGGAACAGAUCUGUCACUAUCAUUAGCACUGUGUGUCAGUGUUGCUGGAGAUUUUUAACAACUCUCUGAGGUUGUCCUUUGCUAUUUGAAGAGUUCUGUAUUUCAUCAGACACCCCGACUGUAAAACUUGAUUUUUGCCCCACUCGAGCACUUUGUAAGGCCUUUGUGCACUUGUGCCUUAUCUUUAUCUGCCAUGUUUUUUAAUGUACAAGCUGCUGCUUUUCCAAAAGGCCAAACGCAAGUGUGAUGGGACUUUUUAUGCUGUGAAAGCCUUGCAUAAGAAAACCAUCCUAAAGAAAAAGGAGCAAAACCACAUCAUGGCAGAACGCAACGUGCUUCUGAAAAAUGUCAAGCACCCCUUCCUUGUGGGCCUCCACUACUCCUUCCAGACCUCGGAGAAGCUUUACUUUGUGCUUGAUUAUGUAAAUGGAGGAGAGCUCUUCUUCCACUUGCAAAGAGAGCGUUGUUUCCGUGAGCCCCGUGCAAGAUUCUAUGCUGCAGAGGUUGCUAGUGCAAUUGGUUACCUGCAUUCCUUAAACAUCAUCUAUAGGGAUUUAAAACCUGAGAACAUCCUCCUGGAUUGCCAGGGACAUGUGGUGUUGACAGAUUUUGGACUCUGCAAGGAAGGAAUGGAGGAAGAAGAGACUACCUCUACGUUCUGCGGCACUCCUGAGUACUUAGCUCCUGAGGUGCUAAAGAAGCAGCCGUAUGACAGGACAGUAGACUGGUGGUGCCUUGGAGCUGUCCUCUAUGAGAUGCUUUUUGGACUGCCUCCCUUUUAUAGCCGGGAUGUGUCUCAAAUGUAUGACAACAUUCUCCACAAGCAACUCCAGAUCCAAGGAAGCAAGACUGUGGCAGCCUGUGAUAUCCUCCAUGGACUUCUCCACAAGGACCAGAAGAGGAGGCUGGGUGCCAAAACAGACUUUCUUGAGAUAAAGAACCACGUAUUCUUCAGCCCAAUAAACUGGGAUGACUUGUACCACAAGAGGAUUACCCCUCUGUAUGGGAACUGCUGA